AUGGCAACCACCCUUGCCACCGACGUCCGCCUCUCCAUCGCGCAUCAGACUCGCUUCGCCCUCCGCCUCGCCUCCGCCAUCUCCUCCAACCCCGAGUUCGCUGCCACCAACGCCGUAUACUCCCCGCUCUCUCUCCAUGUCGGGCUCAGCCUCGUCGCCGCCGGCGCCGGUGGUGCCACGCGUGAGCAGCUUAUCGCCACUCUCGGGUCCGGGAAGGAAGGCGAGGAGGCCGAGGGCCUUCAUGCACUUGCCGAGCAGGUGGUGCAGCUCGUGCUCGCCGACGCGUCCAGCGCCGGCGGCCCGCGCGUCGCCUUUGCCGAUGGCAUCUUCGUCGACGCGUCGCUCGCGCUCAAGGCUUCCUUCCAGGAGCUCGCUGUCCGCACGUACAAGGCCGACGUCCUGUCCGCGGACUUCCAAACCAAGCCUGUUGAAGCUGCUGGUCAGGUAAACUCAUGGGUAGAGAAAGCCACAAAAGGUCUCAUCAAAGAUAUCCUGCCUGAAGGGUCUGUUGACAAUACUACUAGAUUGGUUCUUGGUAAUGCCCUUUAUUUUAAAGGAGAUUGGCAUGAGAAGUUUGACGCAUCUAAGACAAAGGAUGAUAUGUUCCACCUUCUUGAUGGGAGCUCAGUUCAAACACCAUACAUUUCCACCACAAACAAGCAAUACAUUUUGUCUACUGACAACUUGAAGAUACUUAAGCUUCCUUACCACCAAGGAGGGGACAAGAGGCAGUUCUCCAUGUACAUUCUUCUUCCAAAAGCACGUGACGGUUUUGGGAGCUUGGCCAAAAGGUUAAGCACCGAACCGUCGUUAAUUGAAAGCCUUCUUCCAACAAAGAAGGUCGAAGUCGGACAGUUCAAGCUCCCCAAGUUCAAGAUAUCAUUUGGAUUUGAUGCGUCGGAUUUGAUCAAAGGUCUUGGCCUCCAGCUACCAUUCAGCCCAGGAGCAGAUCUUUCGGAGAUGGUGGACCCACCAGUGGCACAUAACCUUUACAUCUCAUCUAUUCACCACAAGUCGUUUGUCGAAGUAAACGAAGAAGGAACCGAGGCUGCUGCGGCAACUUCUACCCAAGUCUCCUUUCGGUCACUGCCCCCGAAGAUAGAUUUCAUCGCAGAUCACCCUUUCAUAUUCCUUAUCCGUGAAGACAUUAAUGGUGUGGUUCUCUUUGUUGGUCAUGUGGUCAAUCCCGUCUUAUCUUCGUAAUGUGUUUCCUUUAAAUCUGUUAACUGGGCAGCGACCUCUUGUGUCACAAAGUAUAAGUGAAGUCUGU